GAGUUCAUGUGCCCUCUCUCUCUAUCUCUCUCUCUCUCUCUCUCUCUCCACUCUUGGUAACACUAGUCUUCCAUUCUUUGAACUUCAUAAAGCAAAAAAAGAAAAAGAUAAAGGGGUUACAAUUGCAUGUAAAUUGAAAUACAAUGAGGAAGCCAUGCUGUGAAAAGCAAGACACCAACAAAGGAGCAUGGUCCAAACAAGAAGAUCAGAAGCUCAUAGAGUACAUUCAGAGAAACGGUACUGGUUGUUGGAGAACCCUACCUCAGGCUGCAGGCUUACUUCGUUGCGGUAAAAGUUGUAGACUUAGAUGGAACAAUUAUUUAAGGCCAGACCUCAAAAGAGGCAACUUUGCUGAAGAUGAAGAAGAUCUCAUUAUCAAGCUUCAUGCACUCCUAGGCAACCGGUGGUCACUAAUAGCUGGGAGAUUGCCAGGACGAACGGAUAAUGAAGUGAAAAACUAUUGGAACUCUCAUUUGAGAAGAAAGCUUAUAAACAUGGGUAUUGAUCCAACCAAGCAUAGGUUAAGUCAGAAUCUUACUCACCCUCAAAUUAUCGGUGCCACUGGCAGUGCAACCUCAUCUGCUUCUAGAGACCAUGCAUGUCAACCAUUAAAAACCAAAGGCGAUCAUGAUCAAGUCUCUGAUGCUGCAAGUUGUUUAGAGGAUGCGACGUGGGGAUUGCCCGAUUUAAACCUUGAUCUUAGAUUGACUGCACCUCAAUCAAUUGCCAUUGUUGAGGAGGAGAGUAAACAAAAUGAGUCCACAAUGUCUAGAAAAGUUGAAUCGACCCCGCCUCGCACCCUUGUUCUCUUUAGAUGACAAUGGUUUAGGAUAUUUGAAUAUAAAAACUAAUAGGUGGGAUGAAAAGUUGGGUUUAGGUUUUAAUUUUGUUGAUCUAAAUCGUCUUAAUACGUAUUUGGAAUGAAUUCCCAGCCAUGGAAAGUCAAUCAAGUUCAAGAAGAAACCAAGUUGUGAUGGUUCAGGAGAGAGACUCUUUCAAGUACUCAUAUUUAUUCAAGGGUUAAAGCAAUAUUUUUCUAAUUGAAGCAAUUUAUUGCUCAAAAACACAAUUAAAAUUCACAAGGUGCAAUAGCACCAAGUCAAUAGCAAGAGCUUGUUUCUGUGUAAAUUUAUUGGCCAGUGUCUGCGUAGGCUCAUUUUGGUCACCAUACGUGUAUCAAUAUGUGUGAAUAAUUGACAUUGUAAACAUGGAAGUUCAUUACUACAUUUUGUUUUAUUAAAUUUGCUUUGGUUUCA